AGUUGUACUGGUUGUACGCCUCGAUGACAACACAUGACGGGCUGUCAGUCCGGUCCACCUGUGUAAUGACAUUCCUGUCUGUUUGGGAGAGAGAGCAUAAAUGUUGCGCCUGAAGGAAAGCACCAGUAAGGCCGGCUACCUCCGACUGGCGAUGGACAGCAACGCAGCGGCGGCGGCCGGCGCAGAGUCAGUCGAGGUGCCGACUACAUCGGCGGCAUCGGCGGCACCUGCUGCUGCCUUCCUACACCCCAGUUCGAGCAGCGAACCAGCCCGGGCCGAGAGCGAGCGGCAUCUCUCCAAGUCGCCGCUCGCUCGGGUCAUGUCGGAGUCUGAGAGGCCCAAGAUGGAGUUCAAGCCCACGCCACGACGCAGGAACGGCAAAGCAGCCGAGACUGAAGGGCGUUCGGGCAAUGCAGCCUGCGAGCAGCACUCGUUCCUCACAGACGUCACGGACGUGCGACAGAUGGAGCAGGGCCUGUUGCAGCUGCUGCACGACUUCCACUCGGGAAAGCUGCAGGCCUUUGGUAAGGACUGCACUUUUGAGAAAAUGGAGCAUGUGCGAGAGCAGCAAGAGCGACUGGCCCGCCUCCAUUUCGAGCUCAACGCUCAGCAAGAACACUGCGGGCCAGAAUCUGAGGAGGGACGGCAGUUGGCGAAGGACAACCUGACAAAGCUCAUUGAGAAUCUGCAACAUCUCAGCCAGUCCAUAGAGCAGCUGCAGUCGCACACCCAGGGAGUGCAGACUGAUGUCUGACACUAGCUGGGGCGGACGCAUCCCGCCCUUUUCAGCACAUCUGGGUGCCAGGCAGGUGUGGAAGAUUGCCUGAAGCUGGAGGAAUGGUUUUAUACGAUGUUCUACUUUGUCAAAAUCAUUCUAUUCGGUUUGCAACAAAAUGCAGUGCAAUACUGUACGGAAUUCACUUGUCAUCGUAUCUGCCUUUUCAAUAAAUGCAGACUGUAUAUAAUUAAAGGAUUGUUCUCACAAGA